CUUCAGAUUGGUUAGAGAUAGCGAGGCGUUUAUCCACUGGCUAAGAUUAAUCCAUUCCACUCUCCUUGCCCUAUGUCAGCCUCUUCCCUCCUGGCCCGAGAUCACCCUUGGAGAACAGCCUAUAAAUAACCAGGCUAUUUGCAAAUCUUCAAGCAUCUCCCUGAGCAGUGACACUGCAAGAACCAACGAUGCAGGUCCUAAACAAACCCUACCCCCAAAACUGCCUGCUUACCGUUAUGGACAGGUAUUCAGCUACUGUGAGGAACAUGGAGCAGGUGAUCAUGAUCCCCAGCCUCCUGAGGGACGUGGCCCUGGAGGAGCCAGGCCAUGAGACCCUCCCAGGUGAGGCAGGUAUCCAUGACCUCUACAGCUACUACACUAUGCUCAAAUCCAUCCGAGUAGAUGUGGACAAUGGGCUGCUACCCAGGGACAAGUUGAAGGUCAAGAUCACCAGCUCAGACGAGGAGGACGAGGAGGAAGAUGAAGAAGAAGGGAAGAGAGGAGAGAAGCUGGAUCUCGAGGCUCAGUUUCAUCUUCAUUUCUCCAGUCUCCAUCACAUCCUCACCCAUUUGACCCUGAAGGCCAAUGAAGUGAUAAAGAAAUACCAAGAAAUAACUGGGCUGACAAUAUAGACCCUGAUGUCCAGCUCUCUUUUAGAAUGCUCCACAACUCGCCCGACUGGAGACAGCAGCCCCAAGCAUGAACAAUGAAAGGCUCGUGGGUACUGUAACAUUUUGUGCCAAGAAUUUUCUGGGGCUGCAGAUGGAGAAAAGACAACUUUGAGUCUUCCCUGGCUACCCAUCUGGGACAUUCCCCACUGACUUAUCUGCCAGGAACCAGAUCCUUGCCAACACCUUUGAAAACCAUCCAGUCCUCAGUCCCCUGGGUAAAUUAGCGGGGGUUGGUGGAUGGUUUGCAGAGGAUAGGAAGAGACCAUCUCAUCUUCAUUUUGUCUGAAGCUGCUUUCUUCCCCAUCUUACCCAUGUACUGCAACUUUUGCCUCUCCUCUAUUUCCUAAUGGUGGCUGCUUUGA